GAUCCCCGAUCUGUGGGAUGCAAUCAUUAGCGGCGGCAUCACUUACAACGACGGCGGCGUCCUCGGCCCGGACUCACGCACCAGCAGAGGCAAAAUUGCUUCAGCAGUGUUUUUAUGUAGUUGAUGAUGAUUGGGUAACCUCUGAGAUAUGGCUCCACCAAUUAAGACGCCCGACAAAUCCCUUGUUCAGAGAUAAAAAUUCACCUCUUAAUGCAAGGGUACUCUCUUCACUGUCCAGGAGAACUGUUGCUGCUCAUCCUUGGCAUGAUCUAGAGAUAGAUUAUAUGCGUUGCUACCUUGAUCAGCACACGUCCUUGAACUGCUUUCCUAUAUGUUAUACGAAGAGCUGGGAGAGGCCUGAAUUUGAACAAGGAUAUGACAGCUUGACGGUGGCUGGUGGUGUUUGGUUCAGAGCCAGCGUUAGCCUAAAGGUAAUUUGUUGGUGGAAGCUGGAAAAUCCCGAUGGUGCUGUGAUUGCUAACAAGGUAACAUGCUAUGGAAGCAAAGGAUUGAAAAACAAGCUUCUCAAGGAGGGAGACGGGUGGGAGAAUUUUAAAUGUAGAAAUGAAGUUGAAGGGUUUAUCAUAAAUGUUUUUUUUUUUUUCAACUUUGAUUAUCAUUUCUUAUGUCGACGAAUGGUGCAGUUCAUUAUCCACACUUCGAUGGAUAGGACUCAAUUUCAUUCUAGCCUCACACCUCUCAAAUUUAAUUUGGGUCAAGGUACACUUAAAGGCUGCAGCAACAUGAGAAGUUGGUGGGAAUGGAUCGACCACUAGACUCCCUUAUUCUAUGUACCUCCUUU